AUGAAUGGAAAGGCGCCAUCAUACGUCAUCUUUGGAGCGUAUUCCAAUCGGACAGGAGCUCCAUUCUUACUGUAUACGCUUCACGAGUUGCGCAGCCGACUUCCCCGCGCGUUUAGAGAUCCUUCGGGUCCAGAGCUCGGACCCUGUAGAACUCCUCGCGUCGAUCCCAAGUCUCUGUAUCCGCUAGGAUUCUACGUCUUUAUCCUAUGCGCGAAUAGCUCGGGGAUUGGUCGAAGCUUUGUGGCAGUGAAUGGCAGCAUAAUGGGCCAGCUCCAGGCGUGCCGCUACUGCGGGCUGGUAUUUGUAUCUUCCCGUACUCCAGAGCAUUCACUAGAGGCGCCGAAUGAAUGCUGGGGCGUACAAACAGACCCCAAGCUCAUUGUAGAGGCGGUAAAGAAGGCGGAUGUGGCAGACUUAUAUAUGUGCACUAUGGGCCACCGUAACUUUGUUUCCUUUUUAACCGAGGAUACAAGGGUCCACCCAGCUGGAUCAGACGAUGCUCAACGCGUCCUGGUGAAGAAAAAGGCUGACAAACCGAUCUCCACGCCCUUCCGGCGGGUCCAUCUCCCAACCCAUCGAAUACAAGAAAAGCGCGUCGCAGGUAAGUCCGGUUAA